GGGGUUGGGCUGUAGGCCGGCUGGGCGGGACUCAGGCUGCCAGUAUAAGACAGGAGCGCCACUGUCCUGGCCAGAGUGCUGAAGCUGGCGCCCCAGCCAGGACCGCGAGGCAGCCGGCCCUGAACUUGCAACUCUCGACCCACAGUGACUGAAGAAGAAGGAAAGGAGGGCCUCCUGCCACCACUCUCAGCCUCAGCCUCGGAGGAUGCGGCUCCUCGGGAGACUCCGCGCCUCCACUCCGGAGCCCGCUUUCUCCAACGUGCUCACUCCGGACCGCAUCCCCGAGUUCUGCAUCCCGCCGCGGCUGCCCGCGUCCUGCGCGUCCGAGUCUCCGCCUCCGGCCGCCGCUCUGCCCCGGCGCUGCGCAGCCGAGCCGGACCUGUGGCCCAGAGGAGCCGACGACAGCGCGGGGCACACGGACUGGGACCCGCGCUCGCAGGCAGCCCUAUCGCUGCCGCACCUGCCCCGCGCGCUCACCGCCUACGGCUUCUGCGCGCUGCUCGAGAGCCCGCACACCCGCCGCAAGGAGUCGCUCUUCCUCGGGGGCCCUGCAGCCGCCCCGCUCGUGCCCCGGGACUCGGCUCCGGCCUCCGCCCCCGCGCUCCCCGCGGGCCUCCGCCCCACCCCGGACACGCCCGCCCCGCCGCCCCGCGCUCGCCGUCUCCUGCGCGCCCCCGAACGGCUGCUGACCCGCGCGCUGCGGGCCCGGACGAGCCGAGGCCUGGUCCGCGCCCCCUCCGUGUCCAGCGGGGACGGCGACGAGGACGAGGAGCGCGGCGCCGUCUCGGGGCCCCCUUCCAAGGCCCCCUCCGCGUCCCCGCCGCAGCCGCCCUGCCCCGGCCCGCGUCCCGAGCGCCUGGAGGCCGAGGGCACUGUGGUCCUGGGCCGCGCCGGGGGCGCCCUGCGCCUGGCCGCCGAGUACAGUCGGGCCAGCGGGCGGCUCCGCGUCCGGCUGCUGGGCACCGAGGGCCUGGCCGCGGGAGCCGCCGAGCCCCCCGCCGUCGGCUGCCGCGUCAGCUUCGUCCUGCGGCCGCCGGGCCAGCCGCGCUCGCAGCGCAGCGCCGUGGUCCGGCGGAGCCGCAAGGCCGCCUUCCACCAGGACGUGUGCUUGGACGGGCUCUCGGAGGAGCAGGUGCGCCGCCUGGCCGUGCGCGUCAAGGCGGAGCAGCGGGGUCGCGGCCUGGAGCGGGGCCGCCCGCUGGGCCAGGGCGAGCUGCUGCUGGGCUCCCUGCUGCUGCCCUGAUGGCGCCCGGGGCUCAGACCGCCCCCUCGGGGCGCCCUCGGACCGCUGGCAACUCGGACACCGACAGACGCUUCGGACAAAAUAAACGUUAUUUAUUCAUUUUUCAA